AUGCUCAUUCAUACAGAUGUCAUUGAUACGGAUGUCAACGAUGCCUCGUUGGAUGAGGUGGGACAUGCAUUGGACCAAAGUCAGACGGGCAAACUCGAAGAUAGAGGCUCCGAUGGAAAGCGUCAAAUCGUCAUUCAAAUCCUUCGCGAGAUGAUGGCAAUUGAUCCAGAAAGGGCGGUAAGUGUCGCUAAGAGCUGGGCUUCUGGCGUCCGACAUUCAAGUCGACGGAAGGAGGAUACGAAUUUCAAGACGCUUGAAGAGUACAUCCCCUACAGGGCCCUCGAUGUGGGGUACAUGCUCUGGCACGGCCUUGUCACAUUUGGAUGUGCGAUUACUGUUCCCAACGAAGAGAAAGAAGAAGCAAAGAGGCUUAUCAUACCUGCGUUGAUUCAAGCCUCGCUGCUGAACGACCUGUUCUCCUACGAGAAGGAAAAGAACGACGCCAAUAUCCAGAACGCCGUCUUAGUCGUCAUGAAUGAGCACGGGUGUUGCCAAGAAGAAGCAAGAGGAAUUAUCAAGAAGCGCAUUCGCAUCGAAUGUGCUAAGUACGUCGGCAAUGUCAAAGAGACCAAUGCGCGGACGGAUGUCAGUGACGAGCUGAAGAGGUACAUCGAUGUCAUGCAGUAUACUCUUUCUGGCAACGCGGCCUGGAGUACUAAUUGCCCACGAUACAACGGACCGACCAAAUUCAAUGAUUUGCAGUUAUUGAGAGGCCAGCACGGCCUGGCAAAAUACCCGUCAAGGUGUUCACCGGAGAACAAAACCAGUGGCUCCGUCGAGGGUAAUUGCCACGAAUCCAAAGAAAACGAGCUCAAGAGGAAGAGGAAUGGCGCCAUGGAUGCUGAUGAGAUGAGGACGAAUGGCAUCCGUGGUGUCAAAAAGCCAGCGCAUAUCUCACAACCAAGCACGGAUUCGAUUGUUCUUGAGGAUGUAGUGCAGUUAGCGCGUGCUUGCGAUCUGCCAGACUUGAGCGAUAAUGUUGUUCUUCAACCAUACCGGUACCUUACCUCCCUCCCUUCCAAGGGUUUUCGAGACCAGGCCAUAGAUUCUAUCAACGAGUGGCUCAAGGUACCUCCGAAAUCGGUAAAGGUGAUCAAAGACGUAGUCAAGAUGCUGCAUAGUGCAUCUCUCAUGCUCGAUGACCUUGAAGACAACUCUCCACUACGUCGUGGCAAACCCUCUACGCACAAUAUCUACGGCAUGGCUCAGACAAUUAAUAGCGCUACAUACCAAUAUAUCGCAGCUACAGAUAUGACCGCCCAACUCCAGAACCCAGAAAAUUUUCGUAUCUUCAUCGAAGAGAUGCAGCUGCUACACGUUGGGCAGAGCUAUGACCUCUAUUGGACGCACAACACGCUCUGUCCGACCGCUACCGAGUAUUUUAGAAUGGUUGAUAUGAAGACGGGAGGUCUCUUCCGCAUGUUGACGCGGAUGAUGGCCGCAGAGAGUCUGGUCGGCGGCAAGGUUUCCAACGGCGAUAUGAACAUGUUCAGUUGCCUUAUUGGACGUUUCUUCCAAAUUCGCGACGACUAUCAGAAUCUCGCUUCAGCUGACUACGUCAAGGCGAAGGGGUUUGCCGAAGAUCUUGACGAAGGGAAGUAUUCCUUCACGCUGAUCCACUGCAUUCAGACUCUGGAGUCAAACCCCGAGCACGCUGGGGAGAUGAUGCAGUUGCGGGCGUUCCUCAUGAAGAGACGACUUGAGGGUAAGCUUAGCUUUGAGGCCAAGCGCGAGGUUUUGGCGACCAUGAAGAAAACGAAAAGCUUAGAGUACACGCUUGGCGUUCUGCGGGAACUACACUUCGAGUUGGAGAAGGAAGUCGGAGAAUUAGAGGCGAAAUUUGGCGGGGAGAACUUCACCUUGAGGGUGAUGCUGGAGUUGUUGAAG